GUUUCCGGGGGCCUGGAGCCCGGCGGGCAUUGACGUCAAGCGGCGGCGGAGCGCUGCCUACAGACGGCUGACCCGGGCCCUCCUCCACACCUCCUUCCUUCCUCGCCCCCUCCCUCUUUCCUGCACCCGGCUCGGGCUCGCUAUAAAAGGCGGGAGAGCGGGGUGCCCCAGCAGCGACGGCUUUCAGCACCAUGGAGAGGUCCCGCCUUCGGCUGCUGCCCCUCCUAGGCGCUGCGCUGCUCCUGAUGCUACCUCUGCUGGGCGCUGGUGCACAGGACGACGCUGAGCUGCAGCCCCGAGCCCUGGACAUCUCCGCCGUGGAGGAUACCUCCCACGAGAAGGAGCUGAUUGAAGCGCUGCAGGAAGUCUUGAAGAAGCUCAAGAGUAAACGUAUUCCAAUCUAUGAGAAGAAGUAUGGCCAAGUUCCCAUGUGUGAUGCUGGAGAACAAUGCGCAGUUCGAAAAGGAGCCAGGAUUGGGAAGCUGUGCGACUGCCCCCGAGGAACCUCCUGUAAUUCCUUCCUCUUGAAGUGCUUAUGAAGGGGCAUCCAUCCUCCACCACAUCCCCCACCCCCUACUUACCUGAGAGAGUCACACCUUCAUCUCAGAGUUUGGCUUUAGCAACAAAUAAAGUUUGCAUUUUCCUCUGAGGAUGAAGGGGGCUCUUUCCUUGCUGUUUCAAAAAUAAAAGAACACAUUUGAUGUUA